GCGCCGGAAGCGCUCUUCACACGGUCUUCCCCUAGCUGGUGGCAGGAAUGGCAGGCUUCGUAGAGCUCGGCCUUUCUUCGUGGCUUGUGGAACAGUGUCGGCAGAUGGGGUUGAAGCAGCCCACGCCCGUGCAGAUAGGCUGCAUCCCCGCUAUCCUAGAGGGUCGGGACUGUUUAGGCUGUGCGAAGACAGGCAGUGGCAAGACAGCAGCUUUCGUGCUGCCCAUCUUGCAGAAGCUGUCUGAGGAUCCCUAUGGCAUCUUCUGCCUUGUCCUGACACCCACCAGGGAGCUGGCCUACCAAAUCGCAGAGCAGUUCCGGGUGCUGGGGAAGCCCCUGGGCCUGAAAGACUGCAUCAUUGUUGGCGGCAUGGACAUGGUAGCCCAAGCGCUGGAGCUGUCCCGGAAGCCACACGUGGUUAUUGCCACCCCAGGUCGCCUGGCUGACCACCUGCGCAGCUCCAACACUUUCAGUAUAAAGAAGAUUCGUUUUCUGGUGAUGGAUGAGGCAGACCGACUGCUGGAGCAGGGUUGCACUGACUUCACAGCAGACCUGGAGACCAUCCUGGAGGCUGUGCCGGUGCACAGGCAGACACUGCUCUUCAGUGCAACGCUGACCGACACACUCAAGGAGCUGCAGGGUCUGGCCACCAAUCAGCCCUUCUUUUGGGAGGCACAGGCCCCCGUGCGCACAGUGGAGCAGCUGGACCAGCGCUAUGUGCUGGUGCCCGAGAAGGUCAAGGAUGCAUACCUGGUGCACUUGAUCCAGAGUUUCCAGGAUGAGCAUGAAGAUUGGUCCAUCAUCAUCUUCACCAACACCUGCAAGAUGUGCCAAGUCCUGUGCAUGAUGCUGCGCAAGUUCAGUUUCCCCACAGUGGCGCUGCACUCCAUGAUGAAGCAGAAAGAACGUUUUGCCGCCCUCGCCAAGUUCAAAUCGAGCAUCUACCGGAUCCUCAUUGCCACAGAUGUGGCUUCGAGGGGUUUGGACAUUCCUGCAGUGCAGGUGGUCAUUAAUCACAACACCCCCGGGCUCCCCAAGAUCUAUAUCCACCGAGUUGGACGCACGGCACGUGCAGAAGCUUGGAGUCCAGAACUGCUUCUGUGCCUCAUGUCUUGUAACAGCUGUGUCCCCGCAGGACGGCAGGGGCAGGCCAUCACACUGGUGACACAGUAUGACAUCCACCUGGUGCACGCCAUCGAGGAGCAGAUCAAGAAGCAGCUGGAGGAGCUGGCAGUGGAGGAGACCAGGGUUCUGCAGAUCCUCACCCAGGUCAACGUAGUGCGGAGGGAGUGUGAGAUUAAACUGGAGGCAGCCCAUUUUGAUGAAAAGAAAGAGAUUAACAAGCGGAAACAGCUGAUCCUGGAAGGGAAGGACCCCGAUCUGGAGGCCAAACGAAAGGCUGAGCUGGCCAAGAUCAAACAGAAGAACCGUCGCUUCAAAGAGAAGGUAAAACAGAGGCUGCAACGACAGAAGGCUGAAGGGGCCAGCAGAAAUGGUAGCCUACCACAGGGCCAAUCCAGGUCUCUCACGACCACGGCAUCCACACAGGACCCAGCCUGACCAGCCUAGGACUCCUUACUGAAGAUCCUUCCUGGGGCACUUGUACAGCCCUGGCGUCUCUCUUCCUAGAACUCAGUCUGGUCUCUCAAGUAGAUUCCAGAUUUCCAGAUCUGUGUCCCUUAGCUCAAGCCUGGGCCACCUCCCAGGGGUCCUGCUGGACUCCAAAAGGACACAGUACCCUUUUAUUUAUUUUUUUUUUGAGGCAGGGUCUCACUCACCCAGGCUGACCUGGAACACACUCUAGCCCAAGCUAGCCUUGACCUCAUGGCAAUCUUUCUACCUAGCUUCCAGAAUGCUAUGAUUAAAUUUGUACCACACACUCAGCUUUCAAUAAAAGAUCUUUUAACUGUUGGGUCU